AUGAAAGAUGGGGAGUGGUUAGGUGCUGGAAGGACCCGCGACCACGAAUCUGGGAAAGAUCCGAGGCAAAACGCUGAUUGCUCUCGCGACCCUCCAUACCGACCAAAAUACCACCGAUACACACCCUUGAACACUACCCGAACAAAGGCGCUGUUGACUGUAGAAAAGUCAGAUAUGUUAAAAUGGCCCCGCCAUACGAAAUUCACGCCAGCUAAAAAAUUUUUGGGUAAGUAUUGUAAAUUUCACCGCGAGCGUGGGCAUGACACGGAAGAGUGUUAUCAAUUGAAAGACGAGAUUGAGAGGCUGAUAAGACAAGGGUAUUUUAAAGAGCUAGUGUUAAAAUGCCGUGCUGAGGAAACUGUGGUUCGGAGAAGUAGAUCUAGGAGUCCCGACAGGAGGCAAGAUAAAGGAAAAGGUGUGCUAAAAGAAGCUAAUCUGGGAAAAGGGGGCGAUUCUGGGAGAUCUAGAAAGCGGCAGAAUAGAAAUGUUCAGCAUGAUCAACUCAUUGCAAAUAUUGAGCCAGAGGAGGAAAUUACGUUUGGGAACAAGGAUGUGGCAGGAAGAGUGGGGUCGCAAAACGAUCCUAUGGUGAUCAGACUCGAUAUAGCCAACUUUACCGUCCGGAAAGUUCUGAUUGAUAAUGGAAGUUUAACGGAUAUCAUCCUCCGGGAUGUUCUUGUCAAGAUGGGGUUAGAAAACGUGGAGUUAGAACCUGUGAGAACCCCGCUAGUUGGGUUUGGUGGCACUGAGAUUGUGCCAUUGGGAACCCUUGAUCUACUCGUGUCUAUAGGAGAAGAACCUCGAAAAAAAACGCUGAUGAUCAAAUUCUUAGUUGUAGACACGCCCUUUGCAUAUAAUGUAAUCCCUGGAAGACCUGGGCUGAAUGCAUUCCGAGCAAUAGUGUCUACGUACCAUCUGAAAGUAAAAUUUCCAACGAGAGCUGGAAUAGGUGAGGUGGUUUGCGACCAGGAAGAAGCGCGUAAAUGCUAUAACUUAUCCCUGAAAAAGGGUGAAAGCACGGAUAAAAGGAGAAAAUUAGAUGUUAUUAUAGGAGGAGACUAG